AUGGCCGCAGUGUCCGUGUAUAACGAUUUGCAAGCUCCUCUCGAAGUUAAACUUCAGAGUGGGGGGUGGCAGGUCGUUUACCCCAACAUGUCCUGCGAUGUCGAACGGUCCGGGGAGGCAUCGGACUCCUUGGUGGAAGUUCGAUUGCGAGAAAGCCAGGAGGUGAAGGGCGGCUGCCAUGCUGGGGGAGGCUCCUCAUUGCGGGCCUCUGUGGACUUCGGAGCCUUUUCCCAACAGUGCAAAGGCCGGGACCGAGCCGAGGCCCGGGAGCUGGCCCGUGAAGGCAAGCGACGCAAGGAGGCACAGGAACGGACGGAGGCGAUGAUCCAGGAGGCCACCGCCAGGAGACGGAACAAAGAGGGACUUAAGGGGUUACUGAGUAUGGGGAUUCGGUUCGGACUCCCGUCAGUCCUCCUUGUUGUGUGCUCUGGCAUCUCACCCGAGAGCGCUGUUGCAGCCGCACUGCUGGCCAGUGCCACCGUGCCACUGUGCUGCUGCAUCAGCCUCUUUUCGAUGUUCGGAUUUCUUGAUAAAGAGACCUCCCAGUUCUUCUUUGGGGAGUAUGAGAGCGUCUUCCGUGUUGGUGUCCGGCUAUUGGGCCUCCUCGUUUUGUCCUCGUUCGCAGCCAUGACGGCCCGGCACAUCCUGCAAGGCUACUGGUGGAGCGCGUUUAUCGUGUGGCCUGGGGCCGUUUGCAGUGGCAGCAUGUGGCUCUGUGCUGCGUCAAUCGACGUAGAAAGUUUUGUCGAGAACACAAAAGAACGAGACCGCAAGUCAGCCGAAGCCGAAGUCAGCAACCGUACCAUCCGGUUUGAAGGCAGUGUCAUCCGUGAACGGGGCCGGCCGUGCGUGGCGAGCUGGCCUGGAAAGUAUGAGGGCGCGUGGGAAACCCUCGUAUCGCAAGGCCGGAACGGCCAGGUCAGCGCAGCCGUCGUCUUCCUCCCUCAAGGCACGGACGACUACGGCAAGUGCGACAGCAUCCCACUGGCUGAAGGCUUGCCCGGCACCUGCUGGUGCACGCCGCUCUACGGUGAACAGAAGCCGUGGGGAUGCAGAUGGUUUACAAAAUGGAGGGAGAACAUCGAAACGGCAGUGGCAUCCGAGGCAGAGCUGGAAGUUUAUUACUUCCAGAAUCAGGUCGGCCAAGGCAAGGUGAAGAGCUUCGAGACGGCAGGCGACGACAACCUCCAGAGGGAAGAGUCAAACAAGAAACAAAAAGAAUUCGAGGAGUCUCCCGAGUUCAAGCAGGCGCUGGACGCGGGUCUCGGCAACCUCUCGAAUGAGCCGCGUGGCGACGGGUCCUCCCAGUACAGCCGUGAAGCCCGGCGGCUGUUUCUCGCUUCCCUCUCGGAGACAGAGCGUCAAUUUCUUGCAGCCUCAGAGGGGCUCGGCAACUCCCAGAAAGCAGAGGUCGCCUGGCUGGAAAAGAAGGGCUACGAGUACUGGGAGGUGGACGUCUCCACGUGGCUUCCGGGAGAGGGAGUUGAGAGAUGCGUCCCAGCAUCUGCCAAGCAACAACCGCCAUUGUGCAGCCGGCAGGACGACUUUUCACCAGUCUCAGUUUCGAUCGCCCAAGAGUAG